AUGGAGAAGCUCGAGCAGCAGAGCACCGUCAAGAAGGCGAUGGAAGCCGCCGCGGCCAGGGGGGAGCUCACCGUCAGGAUGGACAUGGCCAAGCUCCACUGCCCCCGCUGCAACCACCCCUUCAAGCCUCCAAUCUACCAGUUCCUGUGCGAUGCCGGGCACUUGGCUUGCAGCAACUGCCAUGGCCAGCUCCCAAAGGACAAGUGCUACGCGUGCGGGCACGACGGCGCCUACCGCCGCAACACCACUCUGGAAGAUGUCGUCGGCUGGCACAAGGUCCUCUGCCCCAACGGCGCGUACGGCUGCCAGGCCUACGUCCCUACCACAAGUGCGGCGACCACCAGCGCGAGUGCCCCUGCGCGCCGUGCGGCUGCUCGGAGUCGGGCUGCUCCUUCGCCGGCUCGCCGCCGAUGCUCCGCGACCACCUCAGGGACGCGCAUGGGUGGUCCGUGGACAAGAUCCCGGCGCCGCCUGCUGGUCGCCGAGGAGGAAGGGCGCGUGUUCCUCGUGGUCGCCGUGGGCGCGCCCGGCGAGUGCCCCGAAGUCUCGCUUGCGUGCUUGAGAGCGAACGCCGCGGCGGAGCCGCAGUACACGUGCAGGAUGUGGGCGGUGGGGGAGGCCGCGGGCACCGCCGGCGCGCUAAGCGUGAUGAUGAAGAUGGAGGUGCCAAGCUGCGGGGUGCCCGGCAAGGCCGCGGUGGUGCCCCUGGUUGUGCAUCGCAAAAUGCUUCACGGGGCCUCAACGGAGAUCCACCUAAGCGUUCGCAUCGACGAGGAACUUGACUCAAGGUCCAACGAGCUUGAUGACCUACCUAUGCAAAGGGAUUACCAUGAAAGCGACAGAGACAAGGAAAUGGUCUGAUGGUUUAUUGCUAUUCUCCCGUUUUUCUCCCACAAACAAUGCUGAAGUUUUCUCUCUUUGCUAUUUCAUUUUGGUUGCAUGAUAUUACUCGUUUACUUCUCGUACAUUUGUUUGCAUAUUACAGC